AUGGCAGACCAAGGACACAGGGAACCGCAAGGCCUAGCGCGCGAACACUUGGACAUACACACACCCGAACGCAACCAAAACAACUCGACACAGAGCGAGCCGCGCGCGACACGAAACCGACAAACGCCGACCCAACCACAGGAAAUAACUAGACGAUACACGAUAAAUUCACUAAACGCAAUAAAUAUAAUCGAUGCGGCUAUCAUAGAGAAUACCCACAACUUACAUAGUACACAAAUCCAACCUCAAGAAAGCCCAGAACCAACAAACCCCACACAAACAUACAAUACAAUCCCAACACCUACACACACGCAAACUAACACGGUAAUAAACAAUCAAACGAACCGACACUUCGCGGGAACAGACACAUUUUUAGCCACCAACACACGUAACACACGACUUAUACAAAAUCUGAUAGACCUCGGAGCACUACCAAGCGACAGAAACGAAUACGAAGAUCCACACCUAUACAGCACACAGUCAAUACACCCCACAGGCAACCAAAACACGACACACCUAAACCACACACCAAACCCGAACACAACAAACACAAACGAACUCGAACACAGGCAAAACACCACGCAGAUGCUUCAACUGCAACCAACCCGGACACCUCAGAUGGCAAUGUACACAGGUACAGAACCAGGGAAACGAGUAAGGGUUGACCCAGCAAGGGUGGAGGGCAGCCCCACAACCAACACAAACACAUCCGAGACAGUAGCACCGACAACAGAUAACAACAGAACGGAAAGUAGAUUUCACAUCAGAAUCGAGAUACACGGUCACGAAUUUAACGCGUUAAUAGACACAGGCGCGACACACUUAUACCUAGGCGCAGAAGUAAUACAAAUACUACACAACACAGGCACACCAAUAGACGACACGCCCGACAGAACAGCCACAAUGGGAAACGGAACACAGGUGACGAUAGGAGGAGCAGUAACACUCCCAAUACGCCUCGAACCACUAACACGACUACUGAAAAAAGACCAGAAAUGGCACUGGGGGGAAGAACAAGAAAACGCAACGAACACAAUCAAACACGUACUCACAUCACCACCCACACUCGCAUGCCCAGACUACACACAAACAUUCACACUACAAACAGACGCUAGCGGAACAGGGAUAGGUGCCGUACUAACACAAUCUCUCAAUGACGAAGAGCAUGUCGUAGCAUACGCUAGCCGUGCGCUAAGCGAGGCAGAACGAAAAUACUCCACCACUGAGAGAGAAUGUUUGGCGGUAAUCUGGUCCAUAAAAAAAUCCAGACCCUACGUGGAAGGAUACCACCUCAAAGUAAUCACAGAUCACCACGCACUGAAGUGGCUAAGAGAAUUAAAAAACCCCACAGGCCGACUUGCACGAUGGGCACUAGAAUUAUUAGAAUACGACUUUGACAUUACACACCGAAAAGGUACAAUGCACGACGUACCAGACGCACUUUCAAGACGACACGAAGACGAAGAAUACAUAGAGACAAUAGAAGACACGACAGACAAAUGGUACACAUACAAGAAAACACAAACAAGACAGACAGACAGAAAACACGUGGGACCAACCCCAGAAAUAAUUGCAAUCAUUGCAAAUUUACAAGCCACAAGCACCUUGGACGAAGAACUACAGGCAGAAAGAGACAAAUACAUGAUCAGACGGGCACACCAACGUACGAACACAGACGAGACAGAAGCCAGCACCUCCACACACCAACCACACAUCACACACCAGACAGCACCACACAAAACACACCCCUCAAACACACCAGACACCGACACCGACACAGACCCCACCACCUCCACCGCAGACACAGUCAUACAUAUCGAAACAACACACACAACCACGCAAGAGACACAAACGACAGACGACGACACAGACAAUAACACCGACACCACCUCACUCAACGACACAGACGAACAGACACAAACACCCCAACCAACCACACACACAACACGGGACACGGAGGCCAGAGAAACAGAGCACGACCCAAAAACACCAACGCAGAACCACGGAGAAGCAACCACGAGCCACAAGGAACAAGGAACAACGCAGAAACUUACCAAGACCCACACCAACGAGAGCCAACCAACCAAAAACAAAAAUUUAAGUACAAAUAGAACACAUAAGAAAAUAGAUUAA